AUGCGCGAAGGUUCUAGAGGCGACUACCAAAAACCAACACCGCUGUCGGUAAGCAUAGACGGCUGCAGCAGUUUGCCCUGUGAGGCUGUGGCGGGUGAACGUUUCCUCAUGGCUGUGCAAUUUUUGGCAACUAAGGACACCACAUCAGAAUUGAGCGCCGAAGUUAUAAUAAAAACAAGUUCGGGCAUUAAAGUUCCAUUCGCUUUGGAUGAGGAGGAACGUAAUGUGUGCGGGAAUUUGUUGCACGGUGCCUAUUGCCCUUUGUAUGCCACUGAGGAUGCAACAUAUAAUUUGACAAUGCAGCUGCCGAAUUUUUCAGGUCGAAAUAUUGUUGAAGUGAAUUUGGUAGAUGAGUCGGAGAAUGAAGUGAUUGCUUGUUUUACGACAGAAAUUCUGAUCAAACGGAUAUCAAAGAAAUUUCGCAUUUAA